GCUCCUCGCCUGGCUGCGGCGGCGGCAGCUCCAGUGCUGCCCCUGUGCGGCGCCCCUUCACCGCUCCGCCGCGCGCUGUUGUCAUGGAGGAACCAAGAUGGCGGCUCUGGCCUACAACCUGGGCAAGCGGGAGAUCAACCACUACUUCAGCGUGAGGAGCGCCAAGGUGCUGGCGCUGGUGGCCGUGCUGCUGCUCGCACUGUGCCACCUCGCCUCCCGCCGCUACCGAGGAAAUGAUUCAUGUGAAUACCUUCUCUCAAGUGGCAGAUUUCUUGGAGAGAAAGUUUGGCAACCUCACAGCUGUAUGAUGCAUAAGUACAAAAUCAGUGAAGCGAAGAACUGCCUUGUAGAUAAACAUAUUGCAUUUAUUGGAGAUUCCAGAAUUCGUCAAUUGUUUUAUUCUUUUGUAAAAAUAAUUAAUCCCCAAUUUAAAGAAGAAGGAAAUAAGCAUGAAAACAUUCCUUUUGAAGACAAGACUGCAUCAGUUAAAGUGGAUUUUCUGUGGCAUCCAGAGGUUAAUGGUUCUAUGAAACAGUGUAUCAAAGUGUGGACUGAGGAUUCUGUUGCAAAGCCCCAUGUGGUUGUAGCAGGAGCUGCCACAUGGUCUAUUAAAAUUCACAAUGGCAGCAACGAAGCACUUUCCCAAUAUAAAAUGAACAUUACCUCCAUAGCACCACUUUUAGAAAAAUUGGCAAAGACUAGUGAUGUUUAUUGGGUCUUACAAGAUCCUGUUUAUGAAGAUCUAUUAAGUGAAAAUAGGAAAAUGAUCACUAAUGAGAAGAUAGAUGCCUACAAUGAAGCUGCAAUCAGUAUUUUGAAUAGCAGCACCAGAAAUUCUAAAUCGAAUGUUAAGAUGUUCAGUGUUUCCAAAUUAAUUGCUCAAGAAACCAUCAUGGAAUCUUUGGAUGGCUUACAUCUUCCUGAAUCAAGCAGAGAAACUAGUGCAAUGAUUCUUAUGAACGUGUAUUGCAAUAAGAUUUUGAAGCCUGUAGAUGGUUCCUGUUGUCAACCCCGGCCUCCUCUUACUCUCCUACAGAAGCUAGCUGCUUGUUUUUUCGCUUUAUCUAUUAUUGGAUAUUUAAUUUUUUAUAUAAUUCAUCGUAAUGCUCAUCGGAAGAAUAAGCCUUGUACUGAUUUGGAAAGUGGAGAAGAAAAGAAAAAUAUUAUCAAUCCCCCAGUGUCUCCAUUAGGAAUACUUUUACAGUCUUUCUGCAAACUUGGCCUGAUCAUGGCUUAUUUCUAUAUAUGUGACCGUGCAAAUCUAUUUAUGAAGGAAAACAAAUUUUAUACACAUUCAACUUUCUUUAUUCCAAUUAUCUACAUCUUGGUUUUGGGAGUAUUUUACAAUGAAAAUACUAAGGAGACUAAAGUGUUAAAUAGAGAACAAACAGAUGAAUGGAAAGGCUGGAUGCAACUUGUGAUUUUGAUUUAUCAUAUCUCUGGAGCAAGUACAUUUUUGCCUGUGUACAUGCACAUUCGGGUUCUGGUUGCUGCGUAUCUAUUUCAGACAGGGUAUGGGCAUUUCUCAUACUUUUGGAUCAAAGGAGACUUUGGAAUCCAUAGAGUAUGUCAGGUCUUAUUUCGUCUCAAUUUCCUGGUAGUGGUGUUAUGUAUAGUAAUGGAUCGGCCUUAUCAAUUCUAUUACUUUGUCCCCUUGGUCACUGUAUGGUUCAUGGUCAUAUAUGUUACUUUAGCACUGUGGCCACAGAUAAUCCAAAAAAAAGCAAACGGAAAUUGUUUCUGGCAUUUUGGCUUACUGUUGAAACUAGCCUUCUUGCUGUUAUGUAUAUGUUUUUUGGCAUAUUCUCAGGGUGCAUUUGAGAAGAUCUUUUCUCUUUGGCCAUUGUCCAAGUGUUUCGAACUGAAAGGCAAUGUAUAUGAAUGGUGGUUCAGAUGGAGGUUAGACCGUUACGUAGUCUUUCAUGGAAUGUUGUUUGCUUUCAUUUAUCUGGCUUUACAGAAGCGCCAAGUACUUUCUGAAGGAAAGGGUGAACCUCUUUUUUCAAACAAAGUUUCAAAUUUUCUAUUAUUUAUUUCAGUAGUUUCUUUCUUGACCUAUUCCAUCUGGGCUAGCAGUUGUAAAAACAAAGCAGAGUGCAAUGAACUCCACCCAUCUGUUUCUGUGGUACAGAUUUUAGCCUUCAUCCUAAUAAGGAAUAUCCCUGGAUAUGCCCGUUCAGUUUACAGUUCAUUUUUUGCUUGGUUUGGAAAAAUUUCAUUAGAGCUAUUUAUUUGCCAGUAUCACAUAUGGCUGGCAGCAGACACAAGGGGUAUCUUGGUACUCAUACCUGGAAACCCUAUGCUCAACAUCAUUGUCAGCACUUUCAUAUUUGUUUGUGUGGCACAUGAAAUUUCUCAGAUCACUAAUGAUCUUGCACAGAUUAUUAUUCCUAAAGAUAACUCAUCUCUGUUGAAAAGAUUGGCAUGUAUAGCUGCAUUUUUUUGUGGACUCCUCAUCUUAUCAUCUGUUCAAGAUAAAUCAAGACAUUAGGAUACUAAAACCUUAAACUCUUCAGAUUAACUUUGUGUCUACCUGGAGGAGAACAGCAUCUAUCUGAAGAUACAAAUGUAUAUGUAAAUAAAAAUUUGUGUGACAAGAAGAUAGCUCAGUGACAUCUGUUGAACAUGUGUGGUUGUAUAUUUUGGAAAUGUACAUAUAUGAUGUGAAAUACUGAAGAAAAUUGAUGAAGCAGAGUGCAUUGUAUAGGACUGCAUGUGAAAAGUCUUUUCUACUGGAUCUGUAUUUCCUUUUAUAAGUGAUUUUAAGUUAACAUAUGAAGGCAGGGAAAUAAUUACCUUUCCAGUAAAAAAUACAGAUAAUUAGCUUAGUGACACCACUGAGUGUUUUGAUACUUACUAAAUUUGUGGUAAUAAAAAUGUAUGCACCUAUAUUCAUCAUGGAACUUCCUAUUUCAUUGAAAACUUUCUUACUCAAGAAAGACUGCAGUAUUGUUUUCUUAUAUGUGCAAUGAUGUGGAAUGACAAACAGUAUGUCUUCUGUGUUCAUGUUCUGAUUGUUAUGUUUCCUGACAUGAGUUUUCUUCCUAACUAUGGUUUUCAGGUAUAUAAGUCUAAAAUCUUUGUACACUUUGUCUCAAAGUGUUCUAGGCUCCAUGACAGGGUUUUGUCAUUGAUACUGUUGUAGCUUUUUAUAAAAAGGCCAAAUUUUCUUUCUAGUCCAAACAUUCACCUGUUUCCUUUCGUUAAGCUAUACCAGUGUAAUACCAGUUACCCUGUGGAUCCAUUGAAUAUGCUUUCCCCCAUCUAAUUAAUUUUGUAUAUUAUUUCCAAUGUUUGGAAGCUCUUUAUAACCAUUUUGGUAUUUCCUAUUACUCCCUCCUAUUUUUAAAAAAAUAGUUAUCAAUCUAAACUUGUGCAGUGUAGUAAAGAUUCAAGUUAUGUUUGAGAUGUAUAACCAUAAGUAGAAUUUUAAGUAAACCGGUGACCUUGGGCAGUGUAUGUUUUUGGUUUUGUUACAAGCUAAUUG